AUGGAAGAGGAAGAUGACUGGAGACAAUGCGCUGAAUGGUUAAAUCGAUGUCAAAUUAUUCCACAAGAUCAUCCAGCUUUGGGACCAGGUGGCAAUGCAAUCCACUUAGUUCAAGCACUAAUGGAUGGUGUUGCUUUAUGUCACCUUUUAAGCACAUUAUCAAAUCAUGAGUUGGAUAUAAGAUCAAUGAAGGACUUUAGUCAUAUGCCACAAAAUUCUCAAUUUUUAUGCUUUCAAAAUCUUCGAUUAUUUAUUCAGUUAUGUGAAAAAGAAUUUGAUAUUCCUAAGAAUUUAUUAUUUCAACCUGGUGAUAUUUAUCAUGCUAAAAACUUUGGAAAAGCUAUUGCACUUUUAUCAAAGUUAUCAUAUUCAAGAAGAGCUCAACUAACUGGAAUACCUGGUUUCCCACCAGAGAAUUCCACCCUACAGUCUACUCAUGAGUAUUAUAACAACCUUGAGGAAAUUGCUGCUGCAAUGAAUAAGUUACCAGAUUCUGGGAAAACAAACUAUGCUCAAAUGGAAGAAGAGAACAAAGAGAAGUUGUACGACACAGUUGUAUACCAGGGAUCGAAAUCUCGUCUAAAUCUAAACUCAGAGCCGACAACAGCACGGGAAUGCUGUAUCCGUGAAAUAGUGGAUACAGAGAAGAAUUAUGUUGAUGUCUUGAAAAUGUUGAUUGAGAAAUAUAAACAUCCACUGAUUGGAGUUCUUUCAAAUAAUGAAAUUGGAGAAAUUUUCAAGUAUAUUGAGGAGUUGCACACUAUCCAUAGGGAAUUUUUAAGUAACCUAAGCUUGGCAACCAGUGCAACUGUGAAUUUUCUUAGUCUAAGUGAUGUUUUUCUUAAAACUCGAGAUAAUCUGCUCAUAUAUGGAGAAUACUGUGGUCACCUGCAACAUGCACAAAACUUGGUGUAUGAAAUUAUGAGAAAUGAUGUUGAAAAGCGUAGCAGAAUAGAGCUUUGUCAGUCAAACUCUGAAAAAUACAAUAAGUUUGCUCUAGCAGAGCUGCUUACAAUUCCUAUUCAACGUGUACUGAAAUAUCAUCUUUUAUUAGAGCACUUAUGCAAACUCACUCCAGCUGAUCAUCCAGAUCGUCCAGAUCUUACCUUAGCCCAUGAAGCUAUGCGUGAAGUCGCUUUGUCGAUUAAUGACGUUAAACGAGAUCUUGAUACAAUUAGUUCCAUUGAUCAAAUUCAAUCCAGUUUAAUUGAAAUAAUGCUGCCUCCAGAUAAGAAAUUGUCAAGUUAUGGACAUUUGCACAUGGAUGGAGAGGUUAAAGUUGUUUCUGAAUCAGAAAGCAGGGCAAAAACUAGAUAUCUGUUUUUAUUCGACAAAAUAUUGAUUGUCUGCAAGCCAAAGGGGGACAGUUUUACGUUCAUGUUUGCUUAUCAUGUUGUGAACGGUCAGUUUCAAAGGGUAACUCUGCCAAAUAAGAAGGGAUAUUCCUAUGGGUUUACUUUGCCUAUUCUGGGUGACAGAGAUUCACCGAAUCUUACAUUUUUCACAAAAUCUGAAGAAUUACGUACAUCUUGGAUGAAAGCUACAAUGGCUGCACUAUCUAAUCUUUGUCCACCUGGAGCGAAAGAUCGAGGUUACAACUUCGAAAUGUUUACAUUUAAACAGCCAACUUACUGUUCUAUAUGUAAUAAACUAAUCACUGGAAUAUUUUUCCAAGGUUAUCGUUGUCGAGAGACAAAUCGAGCUGCACACAAAAAUUGUCUAGCCAAUCACAACCUUCCACUGCGUGGUGUAGCUAAUCCACAUAUCAAUGGGAUUCCGUCGAAUGCUCCACCGCCACUUCCUCCACAGAGCAAUACAUUACGUAGUCGACGUCCUCAUAUGCCAAUGGGAGGUGUUCCUUGCGCACCCGGAAAUAAUUCACUGUCUACUUCAGACUCAUUUGAUUUUUCCCACUUAUCUGAUACCUUAAAUUCUGUCAACCAUUGGCUUGCAGCUGACCAAAACAAUUUAUCAAAUGCCACUUUACAACGUAAUCGACGUAUAUCUUCAGAUCAGAUUGAAUUAGUCAAAUGGACUGAUGGUGCUUCCUGGUGGCAGGGUUACUGUGAUGGUUCUGAAGGUUGGUUCCCUGCUAUUGCUGUUGAAAUAUUGAAUAAUAAAGUUAACAAGCCAAUCAAUACGAGACUGUCUCAUCAAGUAUCCUCAUCGUCUCAUUCUGAACGAUUACCAGUACUUAGUAAUACUAGUCCUUCAAGCCAAAAGUCGUUCAUGUCAACUUGUGAAACUUCAUCCUCCUGUCUACCAUCUUGUACAAUAGCAAAUAUGAUUAUGAAUAAUAAUAUUAAUGAUACUGAUAAUCGAUCGCUUAAUAUGUGUAAUAAUGUUCAUAGUUCGCCUGGUUCAUCGUUGACAUCUACCUCAAUGCGCAGGAAUAUAAGUACAAAUAACUCACAUCCUCUUUUAGUGUUUCGACGUUUACAAGGGCGUAGUUUAUCAGCUCUAGAAAUCCCUGAGUUAUCCCAAUGUGUUGAUUUACUUCCAUCGGUAUUGCCAACCACGCAAACUGCAUCGGCUACCACAAUUAUAACGUCAAGGUUUGAACAUUUUCCAACAGACCCAGGAUUGGAACAUUCCCGCUUCUUUCUGUCGACUUAUCCCUGGUACGUUGGUGAAAUGGAUAGACUUGAGGCUGUAAAUCUGCUAAGCAAUUGUGUUGAUGGUACUUUUCUUGUGCGUUUAUCUAAAAGUGCUGAAAGAAUGGGUGAAUAUUCACUGUCUGUAGUAUUUGGUCAUCCGAGGCAUAUUCGUAUACAACGUUUCGUAUCACCGGACAAUUCAUCUGUCACCUAUGGGCUUUGUGAAUUGGAACAAUUUCCAAGUAUACCGGAGGUGAUUGAGAACUAUUCUAAGGUGUCACUAAAUCGAUGUUUCGACGAAGUUGAUGUCACACUAUUGUAUCCAUACCAAAAGUGUCCUUCUUCACCGUUGUUCUACGUUCGCGCAAACUUUGAUUUUCAUGAUGCAUCUAACAAUCGUUUCCUUAGUUUGAAAGAGGGUGAUCGGGUUGCAGUUGUCAGUCGUGCUGCUGAAGAUAGAGGCUGGUGGAAAGGAUGGUUAAAUGGACGUGUCGGCUUUUUCCCCAUGUCGUUUGUAACACGAGAACCGUCUGCAUGA